AGCACAGACGUUUGUACCGUGUCCUCUUUUCUACAGACUGUAAGUCCAGUCUGUCAGAUCUCACGAUAGGAGUAAGAAUUCUCACGCUCAGCAUACAAGAGUACAAGACCACCUGAUGAAAAUGCAGCCUUAUACCACUUCCGUAUACUGUUUAAUGCUUUAUACAGGCACAUUAAUGUUGGGCUCUAUCGUGUUGGCAUUAUGAUAACCAACACGAUAGAGCCACUCAUCAGCACAUGCAUGGGCAUCACAGGACAUGUAACCGGACAUGAACAUCCGCAAAGAACCGUAAAACCACUGUCCGCCGUUGACUCACGUCUGUUGCAAACCAUACCUGAGUGCAUGCAGCAAAGUUCAAUAAAACUAGUGGGUCAACAGCGCAAGUUAAAUUGUAAAGCUGGUACACGUUUUUAUCCCUUCUUUGUUUGAGUGAAAUAUGUGAAACCGGGUUCUUCUGUGUCAGUAACUUCCAUCUUGCCACAAUGGUCUGGUUGCUGACGUUUUGUUUAUGGCUGUUAGCAGCGGUUGGCAGUGAAUCACUGAUCCCCUCUGCCGAACAACAUGAAAACAGAACUGUUGGGUCUCGGUGUCGAUGCAUCCCAGGAAAUUCCUGUUGGCCAACAGCGGAACAGUGGCACGCGCUUAACACCAGCAUUAACGGGCGCAUGCUUAUUCCGACACCAACAGCGGUUCCGUGCUAUGAUGGCCCGCUGUUUGACUCAAACCAGUGCGAGGAUAUCCGGAGAAACUAUAACAAACAAGGCUACUUAAUUAACAAACCCGGUAGCAUGCACCUCUUUAACUGGGAGGAUGCGGGAGAGCAGCGGUGCCCGUUGAAAAACGAUCUGACCCCCGCUGAUCGCUGUCAAACCGGCAGCGUUCCGGCCUACGGCGUGGAUGCGCACAGCGUGGAAGAUAUCCAAAAAGCGGUGGCUUUCGCGCAUGAACAUCGCGUACGAAUUGUGGUGAAGAGCACCGGGCACAAUUAUCUCGGGCGCAGCACGGCACCGGGAGCGUUGAUGAUUUGGAUGCGGAAUUUUGAGGGAGAGAUACAGACUAACAUGACCUUUACAGCCAGUGGUUGUGAUGAGAGCGCUCGGCACAGCGGCCCUGUUGUCACAGUGCGAGGCGGAAAAACCUGGGGAGAAGUCUAUACAGUGAUUGAGAACAGCCUUAAUCGGACAUACGGUAUUGUCGGCGGAUUCUGCAAGGAUGUUGGUGCGACCGGUGGGUACGUUCUGGGCGGCGGCCACAGUCUUUUAUCACCCGCCUUUGGUCUCGCUUCGGACAAUGUCCUGGAGAUGACAGUUGUCACCGCAGACGGUCAGUUACUGACGGCCAACGCUUGCCAAAACAAAGACCUAUUCUGGGCAUUACGCGGCGGCGGCGGUGGCACCUUUGGCAUCGUCACGUCCGUCACCUACAAACUGCACCCACUCCCCAACGGGCUUAUUGCCUAUUCCAUAGAAAUCCUGAAUGCAAACAGAACGGGACAGUUGUUACCGCAGCACGUGGAGGAUAUUUUCGAAAUUUUGGCACGCCAUUCGUCGUCAUUGGAUACGGUUGGUUGGGGUGGCUUCUUGGCUUUUGAUCCGCGCUUCGGUUUCACACUGGUGUUCUUAAGUCCGGCUGAUCUACUGAAUGCCGCAGCACCCAUGGAAGCUCUAAGAGAAGAGUUGGUUGGUUUCGUAGCAUCUAAGGAAGACCUUUAUAUCGGACCAUUCGCUACUGCCGGAACAUAUUCUCAACAUUUCGGCGGUUUUCAGGAUUGGCUAGCGUGGAUUGCCACCAUUCCGCAGUUUAAAGGCUACAGUGCCGGUGCGCGUCUGCUGUUAGGUACACGUUUAAUCCCGGAAUCCGCCCUGACUGAGCCACGCACUCUCGCCCGGACCCUUGUAGCCGGAGCGAUAAAGAACGGUUUUUCCGCGGGCGUGGAUGCUUUGAUGGUGGCUGGCAGCGCUGUGCGCAAUCAGCAUCGCUCCACUCAAGAGUCGUCGGUGUCGCCAGCAUGGCGUAGCACGGCUUGGGUGGCAUUUCUAGUCACCAGCUGGGAUGCUGCAACAUCCGAGGCGGCGAUCACCGCGAAGAAAACGGCACUGAAUGAUGGGUUGCAAGUGUGGAGGGAUAUUUACCCCGAUUCCGGUGUGUAUUCCAAUGAAGUGUGGAUAGAUGAGCCGAACUGGCAGCGCGCUUCCUUUGGCAGCAAUUACGAUCGGUUGCUGAGUAUUAAACGACAUGUCGAUCCACGCGGAAUGUUUACCUGUACAAUGUGUGUCGGCAGUGAAGAUGUGGAACUGUCUGAAAAUUGCGCAUGAUACGUACACUUUAUAGAUCCUUAAGCGUCUUUCUGGUGCUAUUAAUUCAGAUUAUGCAAGCUCGAUGCACAUAGCACAUGCCAGCCUAAUACAAUGAAAACGAAACGAAG